AUGACCGUGACUCGUUCCCAAACGGGGAAAACCCCCAAGAAAAUGGAGCGUCCUGGCUUCAUCGAGACCCCCGGUCGCCGCGUUACCCGCAGCAGCGUUGCGCCAUCCGACGACACUUCCGAUUCAGCAGCAGAUGCUUCAGGACAAGCCAAGCCAUCGUCUCGAAAGCGCUCCUCCGCCAAGGUCAAGAUCGAGGAUACCUCGGAUGAAGAGACAAACACGCCCGCGACAAAUGGACACGCCGCCAUUUCGAAUGGCAAGAAGCCACGCAUCAUCGAUGGCUGGGAGGAGGGCAAGGACCCCAAGGUCGAUCACAGCGGGCAUUUCGAGUUUGGAGGGUCUUUGGGUGUAUUGUGCAUGAUGAUCGGAUUCCCGAUGCUGAUGGAAUACAUGUGGCUCGGUGCCACCUAUUACGAUGGCAAACCGCCGCUUCCUGAACCGGGCCAGAGCAUCCCUGAGUUCUUUGCGCAUCUUGCUAACCUGCUCUAUGCGGGUGCGUUCCCGUCGCUGAAGGCAUGGGCGAUAUAUUGGGUAUUUUUUAUCUUUGAGGGGGCUUGCUACGUGCUUCUCCCAGGUAUCACCGUCAUGGGUCGUCCUCUGCCGCACCUCGAAGGCAAGCAGCUCCCUUAUUACUGUUCCGCUGUCUGGUCCUUCUACACGACGAUCGCCUUGGCCUUGGGACUUCACUUCACCGGCAUUUUCAAGCUUUACACGAUCAUCGAUGAAUUCGGACCUCUCAUGAAUGUGGCCAUUCUCUCUGGUUUCAUUGUUUCAUUCAUCGCGUACUUUUCAGCAUUGGCUCGAGGCGCAGAGCACCGUAUGACUGGGUAUCCCAUUUAUGAUUUCUUCAUGGGUGCCGAGCUCAACCCUAGAAUGUUUGGUAUCCUGGACUUCAAGAUGUUCUUCGAAGUCCGCCUACCAUGGUAUAUUCUUCUGUUCGUCACUAUGGGUGCAGCUGCCAGACAAUAUGAAAUAUACGGAUAUGUAUCGGGAGAGGUCGGCUUCCUUCUCAUGGCUCAUUUCCUCUACGCCAACGCCUGCUCUAAGGGCGAGGAGUGUAUCGUUUCCACAUGGGAUAUGUACUAUGAGAAAUGGGGUUUCAUGUUGAUUUUCUGGAACCUUGCCGGAGUGCCUCUGAGCUACUGCCACUGUACCAUUUACCUUGCCAACCACGAUCCCGCUACCUAUCGCUGGAACCGGCCUUUCCUGGUGUUCCUCUAUGUCGCGUACCUCUUCGUGUACUGGGUCUGGGAUACGACCAACAGCCAGAAGAACCGCUACCGCCAGCAGGAGCGUGGUACUUUGGUGUUUCGCAAGACUUUCCCUCAACUCCCUUGGCAAACACUGAAGAACCCCAAGACCAUCACAGCUGAGGACGGUUCAAAGAUCCUUGUUGAUGGUUGGUACGGAAAGGCGCGCAAGAUCCACUACACCUGCGACCUGUAUUUCGCAUUGAACUGGGGCUUGAUCACCGGCUUCAGCAGCCCGUUCCCAUGGUUCUACCCCGUCUUCUUUGCAUGUAUGAUCAGCCACCGCGCACUGCGCGAUAUUCAACGCUGUCGGAACAAGUAUGGCGAGGCGUGGCGAGAGUAUGAGAGACAGGUUCCCUACCUGUUCAUUCCUGUAAGCUCUAUCUUUCCGGCUUGUGUUAUUUCUACUUCCAUGAAAAUUAUACAAUUCCUGUACAUUAUUAGACUUGCUAACAUGUACCUGUCAGGUAUUUACGUCUAUCACCCCACCAUUCCAGGAUAUCCCAAGGCACGGUUCCCGGGUGUGGUAGUAUUCAGUGAGAUCUAUCAAGUCACCGGCCCCGUGGCGCGCUUCGCCCGUCAAAUUGCCGGUCAGGGCUAUAUCUGCGCCGCCCCCUCUAGCUACCACGAAUUCACCGGUCCGGAAGCCCUUGAGUAUAAUGCCGAGGAUACCGACAAGGGAAAUGAGUGGAAGAUCAGCAAGAAAAUCGCCGCCUACGACGAAGACGCCUCUCUCUGUGUGGACUACCUCCUGGCACUGCCCACGUGCAAUGGACGUGUGGGCGCAACGGGAAUGUGCCUGGGUGGCCAUCUGGCAUAUCGGUGUGCGCUGGAUAGCCGGGUGAAGGCGGCCGUGUGCUAUUUUGCGACCGACAUCCAUAGCCACACGCUUGGGAAGGGUAAGAACGAUGACAGUCUGGCCCGCGCCGGAGAUAUCAAGGGAGAGUUGACCAUGAUUUUCGGUAAAAACGACAAUCAUGUCCCUCCGGAGGGAAGGGAUCUAAUCCGCAAGACACUUCAUGAGAAGGGGGUCUUGUUUAGCUUUUAUGAGGUGGCCUGGGCGCAGCAUGCUUUUAUCCGGGAUGAGCUCAGCAAGGGACGUUAUGACCCUGCUAUCACCAAGGUGUGCUUUGAGAUGUUGCUCGAGUUGUUCGGACGGACUCUCAAGCUGGAUUUGGGGGAGCAUGAUGGGAAGGAGUUGGAGAUUGAGGACGUUUGCUAG